AUGAUUGCCAUAGGCCUUGAGGGAAGCGCAAAUAAGAUAGGGAUUGGUAUCAUAUCCCAUCCUGGGCCAAAUAAACCACCCAUCAUACUCGCAAACCUGCGGCACACGUAUAAUUCCCCACCUGGCGAAGGCUUCCUGCCAAAGGACACCGCGAUACACCACCGGACAUGGGUCGUGCGGCUCAUAAAGCAAGCAGUGCGACAGGCUGGUGUCAAAGUUGAAGACAUCAAUUGCAUAUGUUAUACAAAGGGCCCUGGCAUGGGCGCGCCAUUACAAAGCGUCGCGCUUGCCGCAAGAACAAUAAGCCUACUCUGGAAUAAACCAAUGGUUGGUGUGAACCAUUGCGUUGGACACAUCGAAAUGGGUCGUUCAAUAACACGCGCUGAUAACCCUGUCGUCCUUUAUGUCUCUGGUGGAAACACCCAAGUAAUUGCCUAUUCUGCCCAACGCUACCGGAUAUUUGGUGAAACCCUGGAUAUCGCAAUAGGAAACUGCAUAGAUCGAUUUGCCAGGACGCUUAUGAUACCCAAUGACCCUUUCCCAGGUUAUAAUGUUGAACAGUUGGCAAAGAAGGGGAAAAACCUGGUCGAUUUACCGUACGGUGUCAAGGGCAUGGACGCGAGCUUCUCGGGAAUAUUGGCGGCAGCCGACUUCCUUGCACGCGGACUAGACGAGUCGUUACCUGACGAAAAACGACUGAAGACCGAGGACGGAGAACUCGUAACGAAGGCAGACAUGUGUUUCUCGCUACAGGAGACCAUAUUUGCCAUGCUGGUCGAGAUCACAGAGCGUGCCAUGGCACACGUUGGUUCCCAGCAAGUCCUAGUUGUAGGCGGCGUGGGUUCGAAUUUAAGAUUACAGCAGAUGAUGGGAAUGAUGGCAAGGGAUCGUGGUGGCAACGUAUUCGCAACUGACGAGAUGUUCUGCAUCGACAACGGUAUCAUGAUUGCCCAUGCAGGCUUGCUGGAGUACGGAACGGGCGUGAUAACAAAGUUGAGCGACACGACAUGCACGCAACGCUUCAGGACGGACGAAGUCUAUGUAGGAUGGAGAACUGACUAA